AUGCGUCAAGUUCAAUUGCUGAUGGGCCUUGCCCUCGCGCUCGAUGUGGUAUCUGCCCAUCCAUCGAAGUCCUGGGGCUUGAAAAAGUUUAAGAGUCUUGUAUCCUUUGGCGAUAGCUAUACUGAUCAAGCACGGAUCAAUUAUUUUGGAGGCCACGGAGGAGCAGCUCCGCCAGUUGGUUGGGAACAGCCCGACAACAAUAAUACCGCGUCUGGUGGCUAUGUCUGGGGCCAUUAUGUCUCCCAGUACGCCAAUGUAAACCUCUACAACUACGCGGUCAGCGGCGCUGUCUGCUCCAACGAGAUUACCCCGCGCACAUUCUCCUCCAUCAACGCUUUGUUCCCGUCUGUGCUCGAGUACGAAAUCCCUGCCUUUAUCGCGGAUAGUAAGCACAAGGUCUCCGGCAAGAAAGAUUUCCUUGAUAUCCCCCCCAAGGAGACCGUCUAUUCAAUCUGGAUCGGCACCAACGAUCUCGGCAAUAAUGCCUUCAUCACCGACUCGCAGGUUCAGGGCAAGACAAUCCCGGAUUACAUCAAUUGCGUGUACUCUGCGCUGGACCGGUUGUACGUCAAUGGGGCUCAGUACUUCGUGCUCAUGAACCUAGCGCCGCUGCAGUUGACGCCCAUGUACGCAACCCCUGAGCACGAUGGCGUAGGGGCCAACCCAUACUGGCCGAAUAAGCCCGAAAACCGCACCCUCGUCAGCUAUAGGAUGUGGGAGCAAGUGUCGACGGUCAAUGAUGUGUUCAAAUAUCAGACGCCGUAUGAAUUGCUGAUCGCCAAGCGGUAUCCCGGAGCAAAAUUUGCCGUGAUGGAUAUGUACACUCUGUUGUCUGAUAUCUAUGAUAACCCAACGGUGUAUUUCAAGGGCAGUGCUCCUCCCAACGUAACAGGGUACAAUAGCCACUGUCCUGUCAGUGGUGGGGAUUGCACUCGUCUUCCCAACCCAGAGUUGUUCAUGUGGUUUGAUGAGUUGCAUCCCUCUGAAAGGACCGACCAGAUCAUUGCAGAGGAGUUUGUCAAGGUGGUCGAGGGGAAGAGCAAGUAUGCUACAUACUGGUGA